CAUUUUUGCGCUUUUCGGACACACGAGGAUUGAUUGCGCGGUAGGGCAGUAGCUGGAUGUCGCGAAUUACCUCAUGUGAUACCUCCCAUGGAAUUGAAGUAGUCAUUUUUCCACUCCCUUCUGAAAAACGAACGUGUUAACUUGAACAAUUUUACAGCAAACAGUGGCUGACCUGAGAACGGUGUCUGUUUGGACGACGUGAACCUCUACAGUUGAUGUCUCCCAACCUUUGGACAAGAUUUCGAUUAGUCAGUCACGCUGUCGACCAGCUGGACAGCGGUGAUAGGAUCAGUGGUGCCUUAUUGUUCCUUUUUCAAAUAUAAUUACCCCCUGAGCAGAUGAUAACAGCGAUCAGUGUGAUCUAUGCGCUUCUACUGUAAAUGCAUUAAGCUGAAUAGUUGCGCCCCUAAGCAGUACGUUAGGCAAACAGGUGUUCUUCUAGGUUAACUCCUGAGGUUGAUUCGCGCGCAUCAAGCUUAUCGGGCUAGGUGUCAUUCAAUCUGAAGCGCCAUCAUCAAGCAGUGAAUCCGAGUGGUCAAGAUGAAGAUAAAGAGCGUAAACCGCACAGCGAAUUGUGCCUGGUCGCCCAAGGAUGUUCACUGCGGGAUUUUUUUGGCGGCUGGAACGACCGCACAGCAGGUCGAUGCUUCGUUCAAUACCUCAUCGCAGCUGGAAAUCCUGAGUUUCGACGUGACUUCACCUGACAAAGGGCUCAAGCCGGUGGCGCAAACAUCGUGCGAGCAUCGUUUUCAUAAGAUCGUCUGGGGUCCUUUAGGCAUUCAGCAGGGUAAUGCCCCUUUAGGGGUACUGUGCACAGGCAUUGAUAACGGCUCGGUGCAGGUGUUCAAUGUGCAACGAUUGCUUGAUAACCAACAGGCGUUACUGGCCGCUUAUAAGACCCAUUCCGGUCCGGUGCAUUCGCUAGAUAUGAAUCCGUUUCAGUACAAUUUGCUAGCUUCGGGUAGUCGCGAAAGCGAAGUAUACAUCUGGGACCUGAGUAGUCCGACAGCACAGCCAUACACACCCGGAACACCAUGCCAACCAAAAGAAGAUGUGGUGUGCCUUUCCUGGAACCGACAGGUCCAACACAUUCUAGCGUCAGCUAUGACCACUCGUUGUGUGGUGUGGGAUCUUCGCAAAAGUGAACCGAUAAUCCGGGUAGGUGAAUCCUCCUCAAGAUUUCGGUGCAAGGCUGUUACCUGGAAUCCACAGGUAGCAACCCAGCUCUGUUUGGCUUCCGAAGACGACCAUACGCCUUGGUUGCAGAUCUGGGACUUGCGCUACGCGUCAUGGCCUGUCAAAACUUUAGAGAAGCAUCGCAAAGGCAUCUUGUCGCUUGAUUGGAACCCAAAAGAUCAAGACAUGUUGCUAUCAUGUGGCAAAGAUUCAUUAUUGUGCAUCUGGAACCCGAAUGGCACUCAGGGAUCAGAGCUCAUUUCCGAGAUUCACACCAGCUCCGACUGGAAUUUCGAGGCGCAAUGGUGUCCACGUAAUCCUGCCCUCGUUUCUACGGCGAGUUUCAGCGGCGAACUGGCUGUCUACUCGGUUAUCGGGGGCGAACAAGGUGGUGCUGGGGAUGGCGGCCUUAAAAAGGCCCCGUCUUGGCUUAGUGGCGGAGUGGGCGCACAGUUUGGUUUCGGUGGCAAAUUGAUCACGUUCUCGAAAGAAGCAGGCUCUAAAGUUGACGUUGCCCAAGUAGUAACAGACGAGGUGUUGAUCGAACGAGUCAAAGAGAUGGACGAGGCGCUCUUUAAACCAUCGACUCAUGAUUUUGAUAACACGGAGGGCCAUAAGCAGCCCAAUUUCUGGCAAAAGAAACUUGUCGGAGAAGAUAGCCGUCUUUGGCAGUUCAUUCAGGCGCUUUGUGGAGACAAUAGAAAAAGUCGAUUACAGGAACUACUAGGUUAUCCCGUACAAUAUCAGGGAAAUGAUUUGGUUGAAGAUCUAGCCGAUGCAUUCGACGAGACCGUCCAGGUCAAUGGAGGAUCCUGUGUUGGUGAGACCGCGUCGACAAAGAAAAUCGGCUACGCUCUGGUUUCCGGCGAUGCACGACGAGCUGCCGAGCUGUGUCUUCAUAGUAAACGUUUCGCAGAAGCUCUGUUUCUUGCCGACUAUGCCCACGACACUGCACUCAAAGAAAGCGUGCGCAAAGAAUUUCUCAAUGUUUAUCGAGCAGACUCGAUGUGCCGCCUAAUCGCGUGUGUCUCUUCCGGUCUAUGGGAGGAGUUGACUGAGCUGGCGCCUGUUGAUGAAUGGCAGACAACACUGGCUGCCAUAUUGGGUCACGUUACAGCUGACACUCAGCGAGCAAUUGCCUUAUGCUCGACUGUAGCGGGUAUGCUUGUAGAAGCGGGUCGCCGUGAAGAGGCCAUGUUGGCGUAUCUUCUAGCCAGAGAUCCUGCCAACUUGGUCGAAUGCUAUCUGGCCAUCCGAAAUAAGCCCGAAACGAACGAGCAUCUCCAGACGUUUAUGGAAGUGAUCACUGCAGCCAGAAUUGUCACAGGAGUACAGCAGCUUCCGAAAUCGAUAUCACCAAUAGUCGCUAAGUAUGUCGGACUUCUUGCGGAACAGGGGUGUCUUCCGAUAACGCUGCACUAUCUGGAUGACCUUGAUGAUAAAGACGCGAAGAUGAUUCAGCUGCGUGACCGGAUUCUGCAAUCUCAAAGCGUACCAGACACUAAACAGCAUUUGCAACAACAAGGCAUCAAUGCACAACAACAGCAGAACCAGUUUUCCAUUCAUGGCCGUAACCGUGACCGGACUGUGAGUGGGUCGUCAGGUUUUGAUAUUGGAUGUCCCCGACCAUCGACUUUUCAGCCAAUGGCGCCUGGCGCACCCGCUUCUAUGGCUGGAUACCCGUGUAGCAGUCAUAAUAAACAGACUACCCCAUUUCCGUCGGCUUAUCCUGACGUCAAUUCGAACUUGCCAAUCACUACAAGUCACCGCAUCCCAGGACCAAUAUCCAGUACCCAGGAAAUCUCGCCACCACCUGUUGAUCGGGUGGCGCCACGCCCUUUGAGUCGGGCCGCAGGCAAGUACCCAGCCGUAGUCGAUCCCUCAAUCAAAAAUUCCGGUUCAGCUUACGGUAACUAUGGCUCGCCAUAUACUCCAGCUCCCCAAGAUUCAUACGCCACUGGAUACAACCCUGUUAGCGCAAACCAGUAUAAUCCGUAUCUGAAUUCUCGUUCUGGUACCCCAGCUAUGGAUCAUUAUAAUGCGCAGUACGUGCCAGCCAGCCUUGGUGCCGGUGGCAGAUCGGCGUUUGACAGUUAUCCAACGGCUGCAUCGACUUCGGUUGCCCCGGUUACUCCGAUGGCUCCGUCAGCUUCGAAAUCCCCACUAAUGAAUUUGCCCAGUGGCAAUGAUUACACUCGGGAUGAGCGGUACUCUGCUCCAGGGUGGAAUGACCCACCGCCGUUAAGGCGCAGUUCGAAACCAUUAUCUGCUCCACCGAUUAUUCCGGAAACUACAUGCGCUCCGCUAACCAGGCCCCUACCCGAGGUUCCAGCUACCCCUGGAGUUGGCUCUAGCAACUUCUACAGCCCUCAACAGCAGCAUAUUUACCAGCAGCAUCAAACGCAGCAGCAGCAAACAACUGGCACGCCUUCAAUUCUCCAGCCGCAGAUUCAGUCGACGAUAGCGUAUAAUCCUGCGGUGCAGCCGACGCCACAACUUCCACUUCCACCCGUGGAAAAACCUCCGAUUCCACCCCAGUACAAGAUGCUGUACGAUACUUUCGAUCACUUACGGAUUGCCUGUCUUUCCAUACAGAAUAACCUCGUUCAGAAGAAAAUGGAGGACAUAACAAAAAAAAUCUGGAAUCUUGGAGACAAGUUGCGGGCAUCUGAGAUAACGGAAACGACGAUUUCGAAUUUGCAAAUUGUCGCCGAGGCCGUGACACGCCACGAUUACCCCUACGCACUGCAGGCUUUCAACUAUCUGGCACAAACAUCGAAUUUGACUGAGACAAGCGCCUUCCUGCCAGGCAUCAAGACACUUUUAGCUAUUGCACAGCAAAAUCAAAUUUAUGCUUAGAGUAGUUCACUUUCCGGAAAUUUAACAUCUGCUUGUGAUAGGUAGAUAAAAUUAAUCUACAAACGUAUUCUACCUGCAAAAAACGCCAGUUUAAAGGAGGCAUCAUUGAGUUUUCUUUUUCAAAACUCUAAACUCGGAACGCACUGACGGGUCCAACAAAGGACGCAGGGAAAAGAUUAGGUGCAAUCUCUCUGAAGCUGUUUUGCUAAAACUGUCUUAGAUAGAAUGCGGCCUUAGCCAUAGAUAAGUUUAGGUAGUUAGCAUCGAAGCCCUUCUCUCUUUCUUGUUUUCCUUUAAUAAAUGUUUCGGCUUUGGACGUUUAAUAAGCAAACAGGCCUUGGGAGUGACUAUGUAGGAACGAAUAUGAUUACUUUAGAUGACGAAUUUGUUGACUGCAUAUUUGAGCGUGACUAGUGAUUGUGGUGAUUGGAGGUGUCAUCAAUCGUUGAUUCCGAAUAGACUGCUACUGCACACCAUGAAGCGUUGCCCAGUACAAUGGAGGAGAUUGAGACAAAGUUAACUAGAAGAUUAAGCGAUAGAUAUUAGGACUAGUGACGCAAGCUGGGAUGUUAUGCAUAUUGUAGCCACAGGAAACGAUAAGGCCGAGAUACAAAUGCAAGGUCCAAGUUAUAGUUUUAAAAUGCACCUUUAGCCCUUGUUUUGAUAUUUUUUGCUGAUAUAAGAUGCGAGCUAUACGAAAAUAUGAGACCUUUUUCUUUAAUCAUCUUUCGCAUUCCUUCUAGCCGCGAACUUCGUGGAUGUUACAUACGUUACGUUAAACCUUAAGAUCAUUUCCGUUUUUCUGUAAGUGGGGCCAUGACAACACCAUCCGUCAGAGUUAUAACAGAAGCUGCCACGAAGUGUUUUCUUUUGUACGUUUGCUCCUCAACUGCAAUAUUUCUUUGCUUUUACGCCUUGGUAAAACUGGAAGUGCCGAGAAAAUCACCUAGAAGCGUUGUAUCCUGCGUUCGACAGGACCUAACUAGGACCUAAAGAGUUGGCGCGGUUUUCGCAAUCCCUUCAAGGCUGGACGUAUCAACUGGUUGAAUUGGGAACACCCAUAUAUCUGUAAUCUGCGAGAGCGGAAGAGAAAAUUUAUGACUCGACAGUGCACAUUCUCUAGUAAUGGCGAUCCACAAGUUGGACUUCUGUUCGUAAAUACUUCUAUUGACCAGCAGACGCAUAAAUUGCUAGUGGUUUUCAAAGCUGACAGGGUAGGCGCUUUAUGAAAACAUUUCUCUCACACAUCAAGACUCUCUUCUGGCCCGGCUAUCGAACCAGCCAAAAGAAGAAAGCAAUCAGAAUAAUAUAUAAAUUUACACCAUGCAGAGUAUUCAGUUUCCGAAUGAUGCCAUCAUACGGGAGGUCUAAUCUAAAUCAGAACUGCUAGGGUGUCCUACAACAUUUUGAAACUAAGCCGCCCCCCCAGCCAAGCAAUUCGUCACCGAAGAUCAUCUUCGUUCAGUCACACUCAUGUCGCGAGUUCACUUUAAAACUGAAUGUCCUGUAUCGUCGGAAUGACAAUAUCUUUGAGUGGAGGAUGAAGGAAUAGACAUAGAAAUAAAUUAUUAAGCACAGAUAUGCCUAAAAUAAAGGAAAAGGCAGCCGAAAAUGCAACUGAGACAAAAUCGAUCUUUUGCGUAGGAUGUCAAAGAAGUAAAACAAUGGACGUAUUUUGAAAGAAAGACAAUUUUAACAUAUUUUGUGUAAAUGUAAGCCUUUUAAAUAAAACACGAAAAAGUACGAAAAGCAGUAAAUAAAAAAUAAAAUACGAAAAGUAGUAAGCAAAGCUGGUAUAUCAUAGGAGAAAAUGCGAGUCUGGUCGAAGAAAAUAGAUAACACAGAUACAAAUAUCAACACAGUGUGUGUGUGCGACCAGUGGAGAAGAUGAGGGUUUAAAUAGAAUAUAUUAUGUAGAAAAUACAUCAGAAGGUAUAAAUUACUUGUAUUUAGCAAGUUUCUGCUGCUGAAGGUGUAAAAGCAAUUCAAUUUACAACUUUCUUUACUGUAAACUUACUACGCCCAGCGAGCGAUGCCAGGCAGAGGGAAGCCACUGUACUAAAAAGGCCCUUGGAGACCCUGCCUAACCGAAAUACCUAAUCUGCUGCAGGUAAUUUUUUUGAUAGUUCGGCUAAAGCAUUUUAUGCACGACGGAACACAUACAUACAUACAUUGUCCGUCUAAAAUGGGCCAAUGAAUAUCGAAUGUAUCUUCGA